AUGGUUUGUUAUCCAUCUUUUGGCGCUUCCCAGCCUUGCCUCCUUGUGUUUUCUCUUCGAAUACAGACGUCAAGUUCACACUUCUCCUUUACUUUCUUCGCUGUCACCUUUUCUCCAGAUGAUAACAACCUCGUAACACCCUCUUUAUUCUUCUUUCUGUUCUCUUGGAAAUUGUUUUUUUUUCCGUCUUCUUCUUCUUCUUCUUCUUCUUCUUCUUCUUCUUCUUCUUCUUCCGCUCAUAUUCUCUCACCCCUUCAAAAACAACCAACCAUUUCUAACACCCCUUUCAAAUCACCAAUCAGUUUUUUCAUCUAUUUCAAACCACCAAGUUCUCUAACACCUUUCAAACCACCAACCAGUUCUUGCACACCUUUGAAACCAUCAACCAGUUCUCUCAUCCCUUUCAAAUCAGCCACCAGUUCUCUCACACCUUUCAAUCCACCAAACUGUUCUCUCACACCUUUCAAACCACCAACCAGUUCUUGCAUCACUUUCAAAUCACUAACUAGUACUUGCACCUAUUUCAAACCAUCAACCAGUUCACUCACCAUUUUAAAACCACCAACAAAUUCUCGCUACCCUUUCAAACCACCAACCAGUUCUUGCACACUUUUCAAACCAUCAACCAGCUCUCUCAUCCCUUUCAAACCACCAACCAGUUUCCGCACCCCACUUCCAGAAUUGGUUUAA